UCUCGACUCGCCGUUACCAGUGAUUUAACCUCUGUGCCUCCCUUUCCUCUGCUGUGGAAUCCGGUGGGAUGACGCUGCCACUCAACCUUCUAGGGACUCUUGUGAGGCCUUAAAGCGUUUGGAACAGUGCCUGUCCUAAAUAGGACCUAUCUUUAUUAGAAUUGUCACUUUGUAGUGGACACUUGCCUGGCCGCUAAAGUACCUCCUUGAAUCCUCCCACCCGCUUUUUUCUAUGCUCCCCAUUUUCAAAUGAAUUGAUGGAGGUUCAGAGAGGGAAGGUCUUAUUUUCUAGGCUCACAGUAAGAACCAGAAAGACAUUGAAGUCUUACCGGGAAGCCUUCUGCAGGGGGUCCCAGUACUCCUAGUGGUGCUAAGAUGAAAGGAAGAAAAACACAAGGUGGACGUGUGGUUGAGUCCCGAUACUUGCAGUAUGAAAAGAAAACCACCAAAAAGGCUCCUACAACAGAAGGAGUGGGAAGGACCAGUGGGAAGAUGCCUGAACGUGGAAGGAAACCUGUCCCACUGCAGAGGAGCAAAGACGGCAGCGGGACCGGAAAAGGUGACCUACAGUCCACACUGCUUGAAGGGCACGGCACUGCGCCACCUGACUUGGACCUCUCCGCCAUCAAUGACAAAAGUGUGCUCAGAAGGACUCCACAGUUAGAAAAAACGAUGUCAAAGAAAACUGAGUCCUCAUCAUCGUUUUCUGCCUCUCGGAGGAAGAGCCCAGAUCUAUCCGAAACAAUGGAAAUGAUGGAAUCCCAAACCUUACUCCUGACUCUGCUGACUGUAAAGAUGGAAAAUAGUCUUGCUCUGUUCAAGGAAAAGGCAGAAAGAAAUUUAUUAAUAAUGUGCAAAGAGAAAGAGAAGCUACAGAAAAAAGUCCAUGAGCUAAAGCGCAGACUUCUCCUCUAUCAGCGGACUCAGGAGCUGGUUAAUAUCCUUGAUGCUCAGAUAGAGAUGCUUGGCCCCUACGAGGCCUUGGCCCAACGCUUCAAAGAACAGUACAAGACACUCGCCACAGCCCUGGACACCACAAGGCAUGAGCUGCCUGUGAAUUCUAUCUACCUGGAUGGUGAUGGAUCUCAGUUCUUAGAUGAUCUACAGCAGGAAUUGAUGACCACUCGACGCCUGCUGGGAGAACUUGGCAUUGGCAGUUCAGAAGAAAAUGGGAAGCUGUUGGAACUGCUGAAUGAGCUCAGGGAAGCCACGCAAGUAAAGGACCUUGAGCUUCGAAGGAGCUUUGCUCAGGUGCUGGAGCUGUCUGCUGAGGUGAGCAAAGAGGCGGCCUUGAGCAGCCAGGAGGCCUGGGAGGAGGCCCAGGGGUCCGCUGCCGCACGCCAGUGGUACUUCAGUCCAGAGGGCGCCUGCAGGGAAUCUCCAAGUGACCUGAAGAGCCCUCUCCUCUUCUGGAACAAUGACCAGGCGCAUGUACCCUGAAUGUGCACAGCCCGGUCCAAGUAGAAUAUUCCCGUCAACUUCAGGAUAGAGAUAUAAUGGGCUGCGUCUUCGGGCACAUUUGUGCCAUGGUGGUUCAUGUGUGGUAUUCUAGAAACUGAGCACUUUAUGCACUUAGCAGCAAAACUAUUUUUGUAUGGUGAUCUUGUUAGAUAUUUAAAAAAUAAAAUUUGCAAUUGAGCCUUGAUUUCGUCAUCAGCACCAGC